ACGGUGGGAAAUGACUGGAGGGAGUGCGGUUCUUAUCGGGGCUUAAAUUAGACAGUAUUACCACCAUGAAUUGCACUUUGUUUCCAUAAAAGUCGUAUUUUUGUCUUUUUUGAAGGGGGGCCAGUCAGCUCCGGAGAAAAUUUGCUGAAAUUGGAGGAUUUGCAAGGCAAUUUAAAACGGUUUUAUUUGCGUCGGAACACUGAGACACACCGAUAAGCGUUAGUGUUUUUUUUCCGCAGCCAGAAUGCCGCGGGAUAACAAAACUCCUCUUAUCCAGAAAAUAGCAAAGCAAGCCUUCGUGACCUUUAAAGGCUUUAAGUCGUCGGCCAACGGGGAUAAUAAUUUCGUUGCGGACAAAUCGAGUGAACUACUCACCUUAGUGACCGCGGUCAGGGCUGCAGACCUGAAAAUUGCUCCCCGGAAAACCAAACAGAACUCCCGGGAAGCGGGGCUCCAGAGCCCCCCGGUUACCUACAUGCACAUCUGCGAGACGGAGGUCUUCAGUAUGGGGGUGUUCCUGCUGAGGACCGGCGCCUCCAUACCGCUGCACGACCACCCGGGCAUGAACGGGAUGCUGAAGGUUCUCUACGGGAAGGUGAGCGUCCGCUGUUUUGACAAACUGGAGGAUAACCUGAGUGUCGGCACCGCCCUGCCGGAUUUCGAGCCUCCGUUGGCUCCGUUCCAGACGGCCUCUCUGCGGCGCUCCGUGCUCCGCUCAGUCACGGAGUACUCAGAGAACAGCGGGCCGUGCCUCCUCACUCCUGUGCGGGAUAACCUCCACCAGAUCGAUGCGGUGGAGGGGCCGGCUGCAUUCCUGGAUAUCCUGGCACCUCCAUACAAUCCAGAUGACGGGCGGGACUGUCACUAUUACAAACUCGUGAAAACUGUGGCAGAGGGGGAAACGGAUGGAAAGAGCACCGAGGAGCAGCAGGGAGAGGAGAAGGUGAAGGCAGAGGAGACGUGGCUGCUAGAAAUCCCUCAGCCAGAGGACUUCUGGUGUGGUGGGGAACCCUACCCAGGCCCUGCAGUCUCUGUCUGAGUGAAACCUGUGAUCAGAGGAACUGUCCUACAGUAUAGGACAGUGAUCAUAUAGAGAUGUCCAUCCAUCCACCCACAAGGGGAAACUUUGCUUUGUGCCAUUCCACAGGGAGGUCAAACAUGAUGGAGGGAAUGAGUGCCUUGUUCAAGGAUGCUACAGCGGGGCAGAAGCUUGUAGAAACAGGGACUUAAACUCUGAGACCCUGCACAGAAUGGGUGGGUAGGACCACUAUACCACUCCUCCACUAACUGUCAGUAACCUUGUCAGUACUGAGAUAAGAGUUGACCCAAGGAAUUCACAUUCUUAAUAUGGUAUUUGUCUUCAGACCACCAUGUUGCCAAAUGUUCUGUGAAUUGUGUGUUUCAUCAGAAUCUGUGGUGUGUGAUCUAUCUUUUACACAUUCUUUUUUCACACUUCUGCCGAGGACUUCCCCAUCAGGACGCGUCUUAAUGCCAAAGCCUGUAACUCAGGUUGUACCUGCCUUAUUUGUGAAUACUGUAUUGUACACACUAAUUGUUCUUCCAAAGUGCACACACACACUACAAUAUAUACACUUUAUUUUUUGUGUUCAACUUCUUAACUUAUCCAGAUAACAUGGUUUCUGCACAGGUCUGGUCAGUUAAAGGAACAAAGCUGAUGUUCAGCUAUUUAUACAUAUCCUAUGAUGUCAUUUCACCACUGUAACUUAAUCCAGAGUGAUAUAGCGUAUGUGAUGCUUCAUAUUAAAGGUCCCGUAUUAUGCUCA